AUGGAGGUGGUUCUGCCAGGGGUGCCCAACGGCCUUGCGCCGCCCAGUCAACCUCCAUCUGUUGAUCCGGCUACUGUUGUCCAAUAUUUAACGGAGACCCUACAGAGCACACUUGACGCUCUGAAAACCGAUUUAGAGAGCGCUGGAAGCUUCUUGUCCAAGGCAAAAUACCCUGAAACCAUUCAACGGUGCUCUCGUUUCGCCUCAGAGUCUCAGGUUGCAUUGUAUGUCCAAAAGGAUGCUAUUGAGCUGGAACAGACGAACGGGACGGAGGAGGGUACCCCUUCCCCAACUAGAUAUUUGUAUAUCCUCACCCUCGAGUUAUCACUUUCCCCUACCACCGUUGCUUCGAUGGCCUUCACGAGGCAGCUUCAGCCAUUAGAUCCGAAUAUCCCAAUAUCCGCCCAAGUCCAUGCUACGAGUCUUCCGGGCUUCCUGUCACCGAUGCAGAUGGCUUUGAAUCAAGGCACUACAACAGCUUCACCUCUUCAGACACUUCAUACCUUUGUUAACCAUGUACUGGGACCGUAUUUUGAUGCCUAUACGAGUGGCCAGGAACGGGUGAAUGGGGUGAAAGGGAGGGGCGAUAGCGAUGCGAAGACGGGAGUGCCUGUAACCAAAAAGAAGAUUGCGGAGUUGAAAUCAAGCCUGUUGCAGCUACAAGAGAACAUUGAAAUUCCCGUGCUGAAUCUUCCAUUGCAUGAGGUCGUCCAGGGAGCAUUGGACCAGGCUGCGGCACGAGGAAUUAAACCUUCUACCGAUCUCAUCCCGGCAUCAGUGCUUGAAAAUACCAUUGUUCUUAACAGCAUCCAGAACAUUGUGAAUGGCUGGAUCAAAUCAAUCCAGACUACCACUCAAAUGUCUAGGGAUGAUAUCAAGGGAUCCGCAAUACAGGAAAUCAAUUUUUGGUUAUCGAUGGAAACCGCCUUGGAAGCGAUCGAGGACCAGCUACGCAGUGAUGGAGUGCAACUUACGAUGGAUAUCCUGCGGCAUGCAAAACGAUUUAAUGUAACACUUAGUUUUUCAGCAGAUACCGGACUAAAGGAGACUGCGGAAACGGUCCAGAAAUACAAUCAACUUAUGCGAGAUUUCCCACUUGAUGAACUUUUGUCCGCUACCUCUCUACCGAAGGUGCACGAUGCCCUGAACCUUAUAUUCUCUCAUUUGAACAAGAAACUCCGCAUUUGCCCCUAUCCUAUCAAGCGUUCUCUUUUACUGGUAGAGGCAAUUUCCGGUGAUUUGGAUACCCAAAUCCGAACCCUGAUACACGGACGCUCUAUCAUGCAUUUAAGUUUUAAAGAAUUCCGCGCUUUAAUGCGGUCAGCUCAAGUCAUCUGGCGCGCCUGGGAUGAGAAUGUGAAGGAAUUUACAAAUGUUGCUCGUGAUGCUAUAAGACGGCGGAAUGAGAAGUUCAUCUCCAUCAAAGUGGAACCAAGACAUAGCGCAAUUCAAGAUCGAUUGAAGUACAUCAAUACCUUCCGCAACAACCACGAACAGCUGCAACGAACUAUCGUGAACGUUCUUGGACCUAACGCAAACAUGUCAGCAGGUGCUAAUACUGAUGGAGCUGUGACCGUGGAAGAAAUUGGUGAUGUCGAUGCCCUGGAUGAAGUUUCUCAAGCAUAUGCGUCUUUGAAGGAUGUCGACGUUCUAGACGUAUCUGAAGAAGGUACUCAAAUAUGGAUCCAGGCCGAAGCUUCAUAUAAUGAGCGCACUUCUAGAGUGGAAAAUUCAAUAAUCGCCCAACUAAAGGACCGCCUGGCUACCGCGAAGAACGCUACGGAGAUGUUCCGUGUCUUUUCAAAAUUCAAUGCCCUGCUUGUCCGACCCAAGAUUCGAAGUGCUAUUAGUAUACACCAAUCUGAAUUAAUCGAGCUAGUUAAGCACGAUAUUGCGAAACUGCAUGAGAGAUUCAAGCAACAGUAUGGCCAUUCUCAAGCACAUCCCAUGGCGCAGCUACGAGAUCUUCCUCCGGUAUCAGGUGCAAUUGUCUGGGCUCGUCAGAUUGAACGGCAGCUUGAUGGCUAUAUGAGAAAGGUCGAGGACGUUCUGGGAGAAGACUGGGACUUGCACGCUGAAGGGCAGAAACUCCAGGCUGAAAGUAACAUGUUCCGAAAGAAGCUUGAUACGCGACCUAUAUUUCAGAACUGGUUACAGGAUGUUCAACGACGAAAUAUUACGAUUUCCGGCCGCUUGUUUAAGAUUUUCCGCAAUCGUGCGACGGGAAACACUUUAGAACUAGAUGUUAAUUUCGACCCGCAGAUUAUUGUGCUUUUCAAGGAAGUUAGAAACCUUGUCUGGCUCAAUUAUCAAGUUCCUCAUGCUAUCAACACGAUUUCCAAAGAAGCGAAACGAGUGUACCCAUACGCCAUCAGUUUAAUUGAAAGUGUCCGAACUGCCUUGCAAACAAUGCGUUCGAUCUCAUCUAUGGCUGAGGUUUCCAUUCUUUUGAGUGGGUACAAAAAUGACGUCCAGGCUUUAAUCAUGAAGGGUCUUCCAUUGCGCUGGGAGUCAUUUAUACAUUCUUAUGAACUCCACAUCAAGCAGGUGAUGGCCAAUGGGGCAGUUGAUCCCUCACCAGCGCAGGGUCGAAGUGAAAGCAAGCAUGUUCAAUUUGUUCGCGAAUUUGCUGCCUCGGCCUUUGUUCUUCAGUCGAAAACUUCAACACUCUUUGCAAUUAACGAAAGUAUCCAGAAAGCCAUUACCGAUCUCAGGACUUGCCCUUACGAUGCAUCCAUCUUCCGCCAGCGCCUGGAUGAAAUCCAAAAUUCUGUCGAUAAAUUGAACCUAGAGAACUAUGUGAAUCUCGGUUAUUGGGUUUCUAAUAUGAACAAGACAAUCGAACUUAUUCUCCAAGAGCGCUUACACCGCGCGAUAAGAGAGUGGAUUUUAGCGUUCCAGGAAAUCAAGUAUGAUGAGAACGGUGUCCAACGGAAAACGUAUCCUGAAACCUCGAAGACAGCAAAUGACGCCGAAACGCAAACCUACACGAUUGAGUUCCCCAAGCUUUUCCAUGAAAUUUCCAUGAGAAAUCAAGUACUUCGCUUAGAUCCUCCUCUGGAGUACGCAAGAGCUAGCUGGUUUGCUCAUUUCGACCAAUGGGUUGGAGUUCUUUGCAAUCUAGAGAAAAUUAAAUCGGCGCGAUAUAAGAUGUCGAUCGAGACGGAAAAGGCUCGGCUAUCUGAAACCCACUUCACAAAUCUCCCACAAUAUUGUACUAGUGAAUUAGUCGAGGUGUAUUCCGUAAUUGGUGCUAGACUAGAAGACAUCUCGGACUACGUGGAUAAAUGGCUACAAUUUCAAUCCUUGUGGGAUCUUCAAGCCUCCCAGGUUUACGACACGCUGGGUGACGAUUUGUCCCGAUGGUUGCAACUUCUCCAGGAAAUCCGUAAAAGCCGCGCAACAUUUGAUACUUCUGAAGUUGGCAAAUCGUUCGGCAAUGUUAGGAUCGAUUAUGAGCAAGUGCAGACCAAGGUUAAUGCCAGAUAUGACCAAUGGCAACACGAAAUUUUGCACAAGUUUGGCGGCAAGUUUGCCAGUCGUAUGCGCGAAGUCCAUGAUGAAAUCGUCUCUGCCAAGAAAGAUCUGGAGAGCCAGACGCUGGAAGCUUCAUCAACUGCCCAUGCCGUUUCGUUCAUUACAAUCGUCCAGCAAUGCAAGCGAAAGGCGCGAGUGUGGGGCCCGGAAGUUGAUCUCUUCCUCCAGGGUCAGGCUACCCUGACUCGACAGCGCUAUCAUUUCCCCAGCGACUGGUUACAUGUUGAGCAAGUUCGGGAUGACUGGAACGCCCUCAGCGAGCUCCUUGAACGAAAGAGUAAGAUCGUGCAAGACCAAACUGAUGCCCUUCAGGCAAAAAUCAUUGCAGAGGACCGUGUUAUCAGUAACAAGAUCUCCGAAAUAAUCCACCAGUGGAACGAGGAGAAGCCUGUUUCCGGCUCUAUUCCGCCGGAAGAGGCCUCUAGAACACUGAGCUCCUUCCAAUCACGAUUGGAAAACCUCCGCUCUGAAUCUGAAAUGGUCACCAAAGCGAAGGAGGCGCUUGAUUUGCCCGGAAGUCCGGAAACGGCUCUUGCGGCUGUACUUGAAGAAGUGCAGGAUUUCAUGUCGGUCUGGGCAGCAUUGUCAACGAUCUGGAAAAGCUUGAAUGAACUAAGGGACGUGCUAUGGAAUAGUGUCCAGCCGAGAAAACUUCGCCAGUCGCUUGACGGGCUUAUCAAAAUGACAAAGGAAAUGCCGAGUCGGAUGCGACAAUAUGCUGCCUUCGAACAUAUCCAGGCUACUUUGCGCCAGCUUCUCAAAGUGAAUCCUUUGCUUUCCGAUAUGAAAUCCGAAGCCGUCCGGGAGCGACAUUGGCAAAAGAUCUUUAAAGUUCUUAAACCAGGCAAACGGUUCUCCCAAAUCUCACUCACCCUUGGUGACGUUUGGGAUCUGCAGCUGGCUGCCAGCGAAUCUGUUAUUCGUGAUAUUAUCGCCCAAGCGCAAGGUGAAAUGGCCUUGGAAGAAUUCUUAAAAAUGGUCCGCGAAACAUGGCAAAAUUAUUCUCUCGACCUUGUGAACUACCAGAACAAAUGCCGCUUGAUCAAGGGCUUCGAUGACCUGUUCGCUAAAUGCAGCGAGAACCUCAACUCUCUUCAAGCCAUGAAGCAUUCACCUUAUUACAAAGAAUUUGAGGAAGACGCUAGUUCUUGGGAGGAUAAACUAAACAGAGUUCACGUUCUCUUCGAUGUCUGGAUUGACGUUCAGCGACAAUGGGUGUAUCUUGAGGGCGUUUUCACUGGAAAUGCGGAUAUCAAGCACUUGCUUCCUGUCGAAUCUGGCCGAUUCCAAAAUAUCAAUUCCGAAUUUUUCGCUGUCAUGAAGAAGGUCUAUAAGUCCCCCUUCGUCUUAGACAUUCUUGCUAUUGCUGGAGUUCAAAAGUCCCUCGAGCGAUUGGCGGAGCUUCUUCACAAAAUCCAAAAGGCCCUUGGAGAGUACUUGGAGCGAGAACGCAUGUCUUUCCCACGGUUUUAUUUCGUUGGUGACGAAGAUCUCCUUGAGAUUAUUGGUAAUAGCAAUGACACCCUUCGUGUUGCGAAACACUUCAAGAAGAUGUUUGCUGGACUCUCUGGUUUAUUGAUGGAUGACGACGGCAACAUUGUUGGAUUCAGCUCAAAAGAAGGAGAGGAAGUUAGGCUGAAGCGAGAGGUUUCGCCUAUUAAAACCCCGAGGAUCAAUGACUGGCUGAGUGCUUUGGAUACUAACAUGAAGCUAACAUUGGCUGAAUUGCUAGCGGAGGCAAUUGAACAAUUCGAACCCAUUUAUAGCGCCCCUGAAGUCGAUCAGACUGCAUUUAGCGACUUCCUCGCCAAUUAUCCAGCUCAGAUAGUCGUUCUUAGUAGUCAAGUUGUCUGGACUCAAGCUGUCCAAUCCGCUCUUGAGGCCGGGGGAAGUGGCUUACCCGCGCUUUAUGAUGCAGAGGUACGGGUUCUUGACCUGCUUGCUGUAACUGUCCUUGGAGACUUGGACCCUAUCACGAGAAAAAAAUGCGAACAUCUAAUUACGGAAUUUGUUCAUCAACGAGACUCGAUUGCCAAGCUAAUCAAGUUUAAUGCUUCCUCACCAACACACUAUCUCUGGCUUUUACAAAUGCGAUAUGUAUACCAGGCUCAAGGAGACUUUUCACAGCGACUUCACGUCCACAUGGCAAACGCGAAACUGGAUUACGGCUUUGAGUACCUCGGUGUCCCUGAACGACUCGUACGAACUCCGCUGACAGACCGUUGUUUCUUGACGCUUACUCAAGCGUUGUGUCAGCGACUGGGUGGCUCUCCGUACGGUCCGGCUGGAACUGGAAAAACUGAAUCAGUCAAAGCAUUAGGCCUUCAGCUCGGUCGAUUUACGCUUGUCUUCUGCUGUGAUGAUACAUUUGACUUCCAAGCCAUGGGCAGAAUUUUCUUGGGUAUCUGUCAAGUGGGUGCAUGGGGCUGUUUCGAUGAAUUCAACCGUCUGGAGGAAAGGAUUCUGUCUGCGGUUUCACAGCAGAUUCAAAAUAUUCAGAUUGGGCUGAAAAAUAGUAGCGAUGACCAGAAGGCCCAAAUCGAGCUCGUCGGUCGCCAACUGCGGGUCAACUUGAACACUGGAAUUUUCAUCACGAUGAACCCUGGAUACGCUGGUCGAUCCAACCUUCCUGACAACUUGAAGAAGCUAUUCCGCAGUGUAGCUAUGUCCAAGCCCGAUAAGGAAUUAAUUGCAGAAGUCAUGCUCUUCUCCCAAGGAUUCAAACAGGCCAAGCCUUUAUCAAGACAAACUGUUCCAUUCUUUGAACACUGCGCCAAACGCCUGACGAAACAAGCACAUUACGAUUUUGGUCUACGUGCUUUGAAGAGUGUCCUUGUCAGCUCUGGUGGACUUAAACGGUUACGUCUUGCAAAUUCCGACGGCGACCUCGGGCCUAAUGAGAUUAUCGAACCCCAAAUCAUUGUCCAAAGCAUUAGGGAAACAAUUGCGCCAAAACUCAUUCGAGAAGAUGUUGAGACUAUGUUGCAGAUCCAGACUGAUGAAUUCCCUGGAGUUGAGUAUGUUCCGGCGAACUUCGAGAAGCUGACGCAGGCCAUUCGCGAUAUCGCCUGGGAAAAUCAUUACGUUGCUAGUGACACAUGGAUCGCGAAGACCUUGCAACUUUACCAGAUUCAGGGCAUCCACCAUGGUGUCAUGAUGGUGGGAAGAUCCGGUGCUGGUAAAAGUGCAGCUUGGAAGACACUACUCGAGGCAAUGCAGAGAGUGGAAGGGAUCGAAGGAGUUUGCCAUGUUAUCGACUCAAAGGUCAUGUCUAAGGAAGCCCUUUACGGUAACCUUGAUAGCACUACACGAGAAUGGACUGAUGGUCUCUUCACUGGAAUUCUCAGAAAAAUCGUCGAUAACCUUCGAGGUGAGGAUUCAAAACGACAUUGGAUUGUAUUCGAUGGAGAUGUUGAUCCGGAAUGGGUGGAAAAUCUGAACAGCGUCUUGGAUGACAACAAAUUACUUACUCUUCCAAACGGCGAACGUCUGAAUCUGCCUGCAAAUGUCCGGAUUAUGUUCGAAGUUGAGACUCUUAAAUACGCCACUCUUGCAACAGUUAGUCGAUGUGGUAUGGUCUGGUUUAGCGACGACACUGUAACUCCCAAUAUGAUGGUGACCAACUAUAUUGAGUCUUUGAAAACAAGAACCUUUGAAGAUCUUGAUGAUGAUAGCGUACCAUCUGGCCAAUCUUCCGCGAAAACGCUGGAAACUCAGAAAAUGCUUGCCAACUUGCUGGAAGGCCUCCUCCAGAACGAUGACCUCAUUCUAAAAGCACUCGAAGAGGCAAAAAAAUAUAAUCACAUCAUGCAAUUCAGUGAUAUUCGGGCUCUUAACACCCUCUUCAGCUUACUGAAUAAGUCCUGCCGAAAUAUCCUUGAGUACAAUAUUCAGCAUAUUGAUUUCCCGUUGGACCCAGAGAAAGCCGAGUCUUACAUGUCGAAGAAGCUUUUACUAGCACUUGUUUGGUCUCUUACUGGUGACUGCACCUUAGGUGACCGAAAAGCAUUCGGAGAAUAUGUCACUGCAUUUUCUACGAUUGACUCUCCCCUACUCAAUGAAACUUCUUCCCUCAUAGACUUUGAUGUCUCACUUCCUAAAGCUGAAUGGACCACUUGGCAAUCACAAGUGCCAUCUAUUGAGAUAAAUACACACUCCGUCACGCAAACAGAUGUCAUUAUCCCUACAUUGGACACGGUGCGCCACGAAGAUGUUCUUUAUUCAUGGCUGGCGGAGCAUAAACCACUCCUGCUCUGCGGCCCUCCUGGUUCCGGAAAGACCAUGACCUUGUUCUCCGCCUUGAGAAAGCUUCCUAACAUGGAAGUCGUUGGACUUAACUUUUCUAGUGCUACGACUCCUGAUCUUCUCAUUAAGACAUUCGAGCAAUACUGCGAGUACAAGAAAACUCUUAAUGGCGUUGUUAUGUCUCCCAAUCAGAUUGGUCGCUGGUUGGUGAUAUUCUGUGACGAAAUAAAUCUUCCAGCCCCUGACCAAUACGGUACACAACGCGCAAUUUCCUUCCUCAGACAGCUAGUUGAGCAAAACGGCUUCUGGCGGACGACGGAUAAAACUUGGGUUACACUAGAUCGCAUUCAGUUUGUUGGUGCUUGUAACCCUCCAACUGAUGCCGGUCGUACUCCACUUGGCGAACGUUUCCUUCGACAUGCUCCCCUUAUCAUGGUUGACUACCCUGGAGAACUCUCUCUGAUGCAGAUUUAUGGAACGUUCAAUUCUGCCAUCCUCAAGAUUAUACCACUUCUCCGUGGAUACUCUGAAGCAUUAACUAAGGCCAUGGUUCAAUUUUACCUAGAGUCACAAGCAAGAUUCACGCCACAGAUCCAACCUCAUUAUGUCUACUCUCCCCGAGAACUCACAAGAUGGGUUCGCGGGCGUCUAUGA